AUGAGCACCAUCACUCGAGCGCAAGCCGUGGCAGGCGUGGCGGUGAAACCAAUCCCGACGACACCGAUCGAAGGACAAAAAACCGGCACGUCUGGUUUAAGAAAGAAAGCGAAAGAGUUUUCGUCCGGGAACUAUCUCGCCAACUGGGUGCAGUCGCUGUUCAUGGCGUUACCGCAAGAGGAGUUGCAAGGGAGCGAGAUGGUGUUAGGCGGCGACGGGAGAUGGUUUAACAAAGAAGCGUCGCAAAUCAUCUUGAAAUUAGCCGCCGGGAACGGGGUGAAGAAGAUGUACGUCGGGCAAAACGGGUACUUGUGCACGCCGGCGGCGUCGGCGGUCAUUCGAGCGCGCAAAGCAUACGGCGGUUUUAUCAUGUCCGCGUCGCACAACCCGGGCGGGCCGGAAGAAGAUUGGGGGAUCAAGUUCAACUCCUCCGCCGGGGAACCGGCGCCGGAAAAGAUCACCGAUAAAAUCUACGGGUUUACGCAAUCCGUGAGCGAGUUGCAAAUGGCGGAUAUUCCGGACGUGGACUUGAGCAAAGUUGGCGUGACGAAGUUUGGCGACUUUGAAGUCGAAGUCGUCUCGCCGACGGAAGAUUACAUGAAGUUGUUGAAAGAAGUCUUCGAUUUUGACUUGAUCAGUAAGUUGUUGAAGAGAAAAGAUUUUUCCAUGCAAUUUGACGCCAUGCACGCCAUCACUGGCGCGUACGCGAAGCCGAUUUUGGUCGACGCUUUAGGAGCGCCGGCGAGUUCCUGCGUCAACGAUACGCCGAUGGAAGACUUUAACAAAGGUCACCCGGACCCGAACUUGACGUACGCGGAAGAAUUGGUGAAAGUUAUGUUCUCCGAAAAUGCGCCGGACUUUGGUGCCGCUUCCGAUGGUGAUGGUGACCGUAACAUGAUUUUGGGCAACAACUUCUUCGUCACGCCGUCGGAUUCCGUCGCCAUCAUCGCCGCCAACGCGCAAGAGUGUAUUCCGUACUUCAAGUCUGGCUUGAAAGGCGUCGCGAGAUCCAUGCCAACCGCGGCUGCGUUGGACAGAGUCGCGCAAAAGUUGAACGUCGAGUGCUUCGAAACCCCAACUGGUUGGAAGUAUUUUGGUAACUUGAUGGAUGCCGAAAAGUGCUCGGUCUGCGGCGAGGAGUCCUUCGGUACCGGCUCUGACCACAUCAGAGAAAAAGACGGACCGUGGGCCGUCUUGGCGUGGUUGUCCAUCUUGGCCAAGAGAAACGAGAACGUCCCAGAAGGCGGGAAACUUGUCGGCGUCAAGGAAAUCACCGAGGCACACUGGAAGACGUACGGCAGAAACUUCUUCUCCAGAUAUGAUUACGAAGGGUGCGAAUCGGAUCCGUGCAACAAGAUGGUUGAAUCCUUGCGCGAGAAAGCGAGCAAAGCGAAGAAAGGAGACAAGUAUGGCGCGUACGAGUUGGACUACGCGGACGAUUUUGAAUACACCGAUCCGAUCGAUGGGUCCGUUGCCUCCAAGCAAGGCGUCCGAUUCGUCUUUACGGACGGGUCUAGAUUUAUCUUCCGUUUGUCCGGUACCGGAUCCUCCGGCGCCACCGUGAGAAUGUACAUCGAGCAAUACGAAGCCGACGAAGCGAAGCAAGGCAUCGACGCGCAAGUCGCGUUGAAGCCACUCAUUGACAUCGCGUUGGAAGUUUCCGAGUUGAAAAAGUUCACCGGCCGCGAAUCGCCGACCGUCAUCACGUAA